CACACAAGCUGUUGCUGUGGGGACGUGAUGAGGUAAACGAGCGAUCAGUGACAAAUUCAAAUUGCACUGCACUCCCCUCCAAAACCACAGCAUUUUCUAAACAAUGAGCAACAAGCUGAACGCCAAUCCCGUUAUAUACGAAGUUUCGAAAAACGUCGGUCGUAUUAGAAAGCCGGAGGAUGAGGAUGAAUCAGUUGCCGAUCCUUUUGACAGCGAAGAGAUAUUUGAGCUUAUUCGACACAUCAACGACCCCGAGCAUCCUCUCACCCUUGAACAGCUGAAUGUAACCCAGCAAGAAUUGAUAUCUAUCGAUAAUGACAAGCAUCAUAUCUUGGUUCGGUUCACACCUACCAUUCCCCAUUGCUCAAUGGCAACGUUAAUUGGACUGUGCAUCAGAGUUCGGUUAUUGCGGUCUCUUCCUGAACGUUACAAGGUGGAUAUCCGAGUCUCUGAAGGAUCGCAUCAAUCUGAGCACGCAGUCAACAAGCAACUCAAUGAUAAAGAGCGGGUUGCAGCGGCGCUGGAGAACAGCCAUUUGCUCGAGGUUGUAAAUCAGUGCCUCGCCACGACCAUUGACAAGUGAAAGCGAACGCCUGUCUCUCGAUAUCAUUUCAUGUCCAUAAUUUUCUGUUUGCAUAUUUAUAUCAUGCGCUGAUAUUGCAAAAUAUGAACUAUAUUACAUUGAGUUCUGCGAAACGCUUCGCGGCGACUCUCUCACGUAGAAUAAUUAACCAGAAUUGAGCUAGCACUAGUGAACAAGUCACAAGGCUGUUAGGGCAAUAAUAGUAUAUUGUCAGUAUUUCGAUCGGAA